AUGUCGGCGCCCAAGAGCGUUUCGCGCGACAUUCGACGCUACUUCGCCGCGACGCCCGUCAUGCCUCCGGCUACCACAACGCUGCGCCCUUCGUCGCCGGCAGGGAGCGUUGAUGAACAAGACCCCUUAUUCAGCGAUACUGCGCAGCUGCGUCUCCCGGAGCUACGACCCGGACGAGCCCCACCUCAAGCCGCCACGUCGAUAAAUGGAACGGCACUGGGGCGGUCGCGAAUUGCCGUCGUGUUGAGCGCGUCACCGCGAAAGAGGCCUGCUUCUGCGGGACCCGGCAGGAGGAGGCACAAUGCGGGCGCGUCGCCGCCGCUCAAAAGACCAGCGGGCAUAAAGGAAACGCCCGUCCCGCUUCCCAAGAUACCGGGCUGGGCGGCCACUCCUUCGAGGAGAAGCUCAGCACAGCCGGCGUCGGCGCCAGAGACGAUGAGCAGCCGAGGGCGUCCAAAGGGCUGGAAGGCCGGAAUGUCAUACUCGGACAUGCGAGGCAACUCCCUGUCCGGCGCAAGGGUGCGGCAUGCCCGGGCGAAAGCACCUGCCCCGGGGUUCGCCAAGCGGCGCGGGCGGCCGCCCAAGACGCCGUCGCCGCCGCCUGGCGAAAUCUACCGCAGGCUGGAGCCGCAGUUUGUGGCGUUUCUAUGCGAGUGGGCGGGGUGCAAGGCCGAGCUGCACAAUCUGGAUACGCUACGCAGGCACAUCUACGUCGUGCACGGGCACAGCGGCGGCACGGGGCCUCGGUGCUGUCGGUGGAGGAAAUGCGCCAGCGCGCAGCCGGCGAGGGAGUUUACCGACAGCGACGAGUUCCGCGAACACAUGGAAGAGGCGCACCUUGUCCCGCUGGCCUGGCAUGUUGGCGACGGGCCGCAGAAUGGGGGCCAUGAUGCGCGUCGAGCCACGGGCGAGCCCAGCGGCGGCGGCGGCGAUGACGACAUCCCCGACUUUCUGAAGGAUGCGCAGGGGAACCAGGUGACGCCCUCGGUUCGCGACCAGGAAGUGGAGGACGUGAUAACGUGGCGGAUGAACCGGAGAAGACUAAAGGAGCUGCUGGCACGCAGGGACGAGAACCUGCCAGACGACGAUUCGGAGAGCGGCGGCCCAGACGAGACGUGA